UUUGGCGGGAUUCGGCGACGAGAGCCCGGCGUUUCCCCCUCACGCAAACGGCAUCAUGCAGUUUCCCGGCAGAAGGAGGAAGUUACUUACCAACCAUCAGACAGAACUCUAUGGACAUUUUUUGCAAUUCUAUGGACAGCCUCCUCUCGAAAACAUCUCACUCGCAGAGUUUGAGACAUUUGCUGUGGAGAGAUUGAAGUUGUUGAAGACUGUUGAGAAUUUGGGAGUGAGUUAUUUCAAAAUGUCUGAGCAGUACACAAACAAACUCCGCUCAGAGCUUUCAACCCUGAACUUUCCCUACAGAAGUGACAUUGAUGAUAGAAAACCUCCAAGUGGACCAAGUGAACAUGAGAAACGGAGAAAGGACCACAUAUCCCACUUCAUUCUAAGGCUCGCUUAUUGCCAGACAGAGGAUCUCAGGCGAUGGUUUAUACAGCAGGAGGUUGACCUCUUCCGCUACCACUUCCAUUACCUGUCUGCAAAAUGUAAAAGUGAAUUUCUGCUCCGAAAUAACCUGCAGUAUUAUACGAUUAGUGACGGGGAAAAGAGGGCUCUGCAGGAUAAACUGGUGAGCUCCAGCUACACUGUCAGCGGAGUCACGGUUGAGGACCAAGACUUCUACAAAGUUCCAUUUCAGGACGCCCUGGAUCUAGUGCGCUCCAGGAAAGUGUACCUCAAAGCAGGCUAUGUUUACAUCCCUCACCAAGACAUCGUCACCAUCGUUCUCAAUGACUUCCGCAUAAGGCUGUCCAAAGCUCUUGCGUUGACAGCACGUUCUCUGCCAGCGGUGCACUCUGAUGAACGACUUAAACCUUUGCUUAACCACCUCAGUCAUGCCUAUGUGGGACAGGAUUACAGCAUCCAGAAGAAUGUUGGGAAAAUUUCCUUGGAACAAAUUGAUUCGCUCUCAGGGAAGUCCUUCCCACUGUGCAUGAGGCAGCUCCAUCAGGCCUUGAGAGAGAACCAUCAUCUCCGACAUGGUGGACGUAUGCAGUAUGGCCUCUUCCUUAAAGGCAUUGGCCUCACCCUGGAUCAGGCACUACAGUUCUGGAGAUCGGAGUUUAUCAAGGGCAAGGUGGAUGCAGACAAGUUUGACAAAGCAUAUGCCUACAACGUCCGCCACAUGUUUGGGAAAGAGGGCAAGCGAACAGACUACACCCCCUUCAGUUGCAUGAAGGUGAUUUUGUCGAACCCACCCAGCCAAGGCGACCAUCACGGUUGUCCAUUCCGACACAGUGACCCAGAGCUGCUGAAGCAGAAGCUCCAAUCCUAUAAGGUCUCUCCCAGUGGGAUCAGUCAGAUCAUGGAGCUGGUGAAGGGGAUGCACUAUCAGUUGGCGUGCCAGAAAUACUUUGAGUUGACACACAAUAUCGAAGAUGCCAACUUCUCCCUCAACCAUCCAAACCAGUACUUCAUAGAAAGCCAAAAACUGCUGGGUGGAGGUAAGGAGAUAAAGCGGGAGAUGGAAACACAACACAGGGCACAAGAGAGUACCACCCGAGGAUCAACCGCAGCCCGCGAGACGUCAGCCGUCACCAGCCAGGACUUGGCAGAGAUGACCGAGGAACUGGAUUCGUUCUUCCAAGAUGCCUGAUAUUGUUCUUCUCAUAUUGUUCUUUUGUAAAAGUGCCACGUCCCUUAGUCCUAGAAUGUUUUUUUUUUAAAGGAAAAAUGUCUCGUAACCGACCUGUUUGUACCGAUGUUGCAUAUCAAUCUUUACUCAUUUAUUAAACUCUAUGCUAAAUUCGCCGGAGCAUGACCUUGGGCUACCCUUGUUGGUAUUGUCCUUUCAAGCCGAGCCAUUAUGAGGGGGUGGGCUUUAUUUUCUUUUAUCAUAAUGAGCUUGUUUGUCAGAAAAUGGUUCGACAUGUUAUUCAACUUGGACGCCAUCUGGACUGUCCUUGGAUUGUUUUCCUCAGACUCUGUCUCGCUGUGUGAUGUACUGGCAAGUAUUGGGUCGUUUGGCAAUAGCGAUGGAGGUUCACAGGUCCCUCAGACACUGUGUCACUAUAUUUGCUGGCUGGCAGAUGGAUGAUGGGUGGCAGGAGGAUGGAUUAAAGUAA